AGUUGGUGUUUAUCACGCCGUAGCAGCAAUCUUGAACAUUCCAAUAUUUUCCGACUUGUAAAUACAACUUCUAUUUCAAAUUAAUUAUUGACUCAUUUUAAGGAUAUAUUAAACACUCAGGAAUUAUUAGAUAAUUGGAUAAAAUGCAAUAAAUAAACUUAUCAUACUCGCGGAAUGCCGAAAACUGAGGAGAAAACUAAACAGAGAAAAAAUUGGAAUAAGUCUGAUUUGCACAUAAGUCUACCAUCGACAGGCGAAAAUGAUCUAGAGGCGAGACAAGAUGUUGAUCCUAACUAUGAAGGAUAUUUGCUGGCAUUGCAAGAUAAGAACAGAGUUCUCAAGACCCUUAGAGAAAAGGAUGAAGAUCAAAAAGAAUUAGAGAGAAAAGAGCAAGGAUUUACUCUCUAUCUAAAUGGCGCAAACGCACAGAGGAGGCGAUCAUCGCCGUCUAGAAGAACCGUUAUUAAUCCAGCGUAUGUUCGUUAUCCCCAUGCAAUAGACUCAAAAGAAAUUAAAACAAAGCCAACAAUUCACAAAACAAAGAGACGUAGAUGGAAUGCUGCUUCUUUCAACAUUCAAACUCAACGAGGAGAAAAAGUCAAUGUUAAAGGACCUGAAGCUCAAUAUGAAGACGAUUUUGAUACCUGUUCAGAGGACGAAGAGAAUCAAAUGAGCUUGAAAAUGAGUGUUAAAGACGUUAAGAAACUUAGAAGAAGCCUGGAAAUGAAUAAGAGUAUAAGGGAUAGUUUAGCUCUACAUUAUAUUGAAUCGGAUUCUGAUGAGAUUCCUGAGGAAAUUCCUGAAGAGAAUGAUGAAAUAUGUCGCGAAGAUAGUAGGUCAAAGUCUAGAGAAAAUGAAAAAGAUAUAUUUGUAUUAGAAUUUGAUAAACCUAAGAGCAAAAAAGUCUCCCUAAAAAAAACUGAGUUAGAACCUAAACACUCUGUUCAAAAGAGUAGACUAGGUAAAGUAAAAGGUGGAAAAUCAUUAGAAGGUACUUCGGAGUCAAAAGUCAAUGCAUCGUCAGUUUUUCGAGCUAUGCAGGAAGAGAAUAAAAAAUUUGAAAGUUCCCGAAUAAAAAAUCUCACUAAAUCAAACGACGAGAGCAGAGAUCAUAAGCUAGGGGACAGAGAAGAAAAGCGUAGAAUGAGCAAUGAGACUGACUAUCAUACAAUUAUUGAAAGGGUUUUAGAAAUGGAUCCCUUUAAACAAAAGAAGUUAUUACAAGCUUUAGAAGAGAUUGAAUCAGGGUUCAAGACUCCCGCUGUGCAAUCUAGUUUUGAUUCUUUUUCUAAAUGUAUCAAAUUAAAAAUUUUAUCGAAUUGGGGAGAUUUUAGAGUUGGGUUAACCGAAAUUGAAUUGUUAAAGGAAAAUGAGAAAAUCCCUAUUGAUAGUAUUAGUGUGUUAAAGGCAAGAACUGAAAAUGGAAAUAUCAGUAAUCUAAUCAACGGAAGGUUCAGAACAGUUAAAGAAAAGCACAUGUGGAGUUGUUUGAUGAGUGACGAUGAAGAAAAAUAUCCUGUAAUUGAGAUAGAAUGUAAUGAAAUACCAGACAAAAUGAAAAUAUGGAAUUAUAACAAAUCGCUGGCCGAAAUAUCGACAGGCGUCAAAGAAAUUUUAGUGUCCUAUGAUGAACAAAUUUUAUUUCAAGGAAUUAUAGAAAAAGGAUGUGGCAAUCAAGUAUUCGACUAUGGUCAAACAAUUAUCCUCAGUAACCCAUCGUCUACACCGACUGUUGAUAGAGUUAGUAUGUUUGAGGCAGAGGAUGAUGAACAUCCUAGGUGUGAAACAAGAGUUUUGGAGAAAGUUCCAAGGCAAGAUAUUCCUGUAAUUGAUAACGAAUCAACAAGAAUCAGGGGGAAGAAGAAAAAGAGUGUUGCUGCUCUUAUUAAAGCUCGAAAAUCAAAAAUGAAUAAUGACGAUUCCAAAAUGGAUAUUGUUAAAAACGAGGAUGAAAAAAAAAUCGAAGAACCGAAGGAAAAAAUUGAUUCUAUAUUAUCAGCAAGGGAAAAGCCUAAGUCGGCAGAAAAAUUGAUUGAGGUCAUUCAAAAGAAGCAAUCUCCUCCUCAAACUUCUAUUCCUACUCAAACAACCACUUCAACAAUUGAAGAGAGCUCUGCUGUACCUAAAAAUAAAGAAAGCGUACCUCUAUGGCUGAAAAAUGAUAUGGCAAAUGCAUUGACUGAAAAAGAGAUGCAAUUGGAAGACGAAAUUUUGGAAAACUGGCCGGUUGCUGGAAGAGCUAAUUUACCUACCCUUUUGGAUGAAGAAGCCAGUAGAUUAACUCCUCCACCAUCUUUUGGAAGACGUUCUAGGACUCCUGAUAUAGGUGCUGAAGAUGAGGCAAUAAGAUUAUCUAAAGCACAAGAGGCAUCUUCUAGACCCAGUUCAAAGAUGUCACAAAUCGCACAAGCUCAUGCCCAAAAACGCCGUGAUUUAGAUUUAGAACGAUCACUCACAUCGCUAAAUUGGUUUGAUCGCUCCCAAAAAGGGAGAAUAUCAAUGGAUAUUCAAAAUGAUUCUCUAGAUACCUGCAUUCAACCUGCAAGAGCACCGAGCACAGUCAAAGAAGAAGAAGAUGAUCCCGAAUUUAACAUUGAUAUACCAGAAGAUAAGGGACCAAGUGGUCUAUCUGAUGACGAAGAAGAUUUCAUAAUACCCGAAUUACCGUAUGGUUCUGAGAUUGUUAUUGAUAUUCUAUCGACAUGGGGAGAUAGACAUUAUGUUGGAAUGACUGGUAUAGAACUUUUCACCGACAACGGAGAUAUGCCAACCAUAGCCAAAAUAGAAGCAGAACCAUCUGAUAUAAAUGUAUUAGAAGAGUAUAGUGAUGAUCCAAGAGUAGUUUCCAACUUGGUUGAUGGAAUCAACAGAACAAAGGACGACACUCACAUGUGGCUAGCUCCUUUCAAGGAUGGAGAAAGACACCUUGUUCGGAUAAUUCUAAGACAUCCUUGCCGUUUAGCUCUCUUUCGAAUAUGGAAUUAUAAUAAAAGUCGAAUUCACACAAGUCGUGGAAUUCGUCACGUUUCCAUAUCGUUUGACAAAAAUUUAAUAUUUAAAGGAGAGAUUGCCAGAGCUUGCGGUGGAACAUCAGGAGCUCCGUAUCAAUUUGGCGACACUAUUCUUUUCACAACAAACGACGAUGUCUUGGAGAAAGUUGCCUUACAUGAUGAAGCCUUUGAGGAGGAAGAUGAUACUGUAGACGCAUCAUUCGAUGAACAAAGACCACGAACUGCAGAAGAUGACGAGCGACCCUUGACUCGAGCCUCAAAUAGAUCAGUCCAUCAGAAGGCUGAAAGUACUCAUGAAGAAGUAUAUAGGGCAUCGAAGAUUAAAAUUAAUUUACUAGAUACUUGGGGAGAUCCGUAUUAUAUUGGAUUAACUGGAAUAGAGCUGUUUGAUAAUAAUGGAGAUGUGAUACCUGUUGAUUGCUCGAUGUUGGAAUCUGAUCCAAAAGACGUUAGAGAGCUACCUGGUCAUGAAGAUGAUUUACGAACCAUUGAUAAAUUGGUUAACGGAAUAAAUGUUACUACAGAUGAUCAAUAUAUGUGGUUAGCUCCUUUUACAUCAGGAGAAAAUCAUUACGUCACAAUUAAUUUACCUUCAUCGAGAGAAUUAUGUGGUAUUAGAAUUUGGAACUAUAAUAAGUCAUUGGAUGAUACUUAUAGAGGAGUCAAAUGUAUGAAAAUAGAAUUAGACGGUCGGGAUAUCUCACCACCAGGAGGUGUUUUAAUAAGAAAAGGUCCAGGACAGACUUGCUUUGAUUUCGUCCAGGAAGUUCUUUUUAAGAAGGCUCCCCCCAAACCAGUUUCUAAUGCUUUCACAUCGAAUUGUAGAGAAUUACUUCCUAGUGGUUUUAUUGUAAAAUUGCACCUACUUUCAACUUGGGGAGAUGCUUACUAUGUUGGCCUUGAUAAAAUAGCUCUAUUUGACGAGGGUGGGAAAGCUGUUGAACUUAAAGAGUAUAAUGUAACUGCUCAUCCUCAUAGUGUUAACGUGUUGCCUAAUGUACAAAAUGAUGUCAGAACUCCGGAAAAGUUGAUUGAUGGUACUUAUGAUCACAGCCAUUCGUGGUUAGCCCCGAUUCUGCCUUCAGAGCUUAAUAAGCUGUUUAUCAUCCUUGACCAACCAGUUACAUUUAGCAAGAUUCAUUUAUGGAACUAUUCAAAGUCGCCUUCGAGGGGCGUAAAGGAUUUUGCGAUUUAUGUCGACGACUUUGUAGUUUAUACUGGAACGCUAGAAAGAAGUUUUAAAAGUGGAAUAUUGCCCAACAGCGAUAUCAUGCCAAGACCGCACAUCGUUACGCUUAGUACAUCGUCGCCAUCUAGUGGGAAGCACGGACAAAAUGUUCAGUUGAUGAAUGACAGAACAAUUGUUAAUUCAGCAAAGUCAGAAAGAUUUUCAAAAGCUGAUCAAAGCCUUCGACCAACGACUAGUCUAACAUCUGGUCGAAGGCGUUAA